GAUACCGCCUAGACUCUAGAUGAGGUAUAUAAAGAACCCUAACCCUUCCAAGACUAUCACGAAUCACCUGCUGCAGCUGCAAGUACUACUUCAUCUGAUCAUCACAGCAAGAUGGCAUCUGUUGUCUACUGCAUCGUGCUCCUCUGUUUGACCAGUGGACUGUGGAUGGAGGCAGAUGCAAAAGCUAAGGAAAAGGAUUGCAGUGAGUGCCUCCCUGGUUGGACUCAGCUUGGCUCUCGCUGUUUCAUCUUCAAGAAUCAGCCAAUGAACUGGGCUAGUGCUGAGACAGAUUGCCUCGCCCUUGGAGGGAAUCUGGCUUCUAUCAAAUCGACCACCGAAUACGACUUCAUCAGACAGUUGGUUAGAACAGCAACAGGCAAAGAUCUACAGUUUUGGGUUGGAGGCCAUGAUGCUGUCAUGGAGGGAGUGUGGCUGUGGAGCGAUGGCUUUAAGUUCAACUUCGAAAGCUGGGGCAAGGGGGAGCCAAACAACUAUGGAGGAAAGGAACACUGCAUGGAGAUUAACUUUGGAGCUACCAAAAAGGUCAACGACAUAGGUUGUCUGGAAAGUCAACCCUUUGUUUGUUCCGCCGACCCACCCCCCAUGGAAUGAUGAUCAGGUCAGGAUGUCACUUCUACCAGGAUGUCAGGCCUCGAUGAAAUCAGUGUUUUGAAGAUGUUUCAACACUUCUGAUUCACUUUCAUAUUUAAUCAAUGAACUGAUUCACCCUGCUAAGCAAUAUUCCAGUUGAACACCAGUAUGUCUUGAACAUGUAAAGCUGACCUGCAGUCCAAUCAAUUAAAGCAUAACUAAAAGCACAA